AGGUUCGCACGUGCACAGGAGCAGCCGGUUUUUUGCCUGCAGCGAUGCCGUCUCCGGGGGCGCUGAGCCCAAAGGUGGAAGCCGCCGACUUGUCUGGCAAAGUGGCCAUCAUCACUGGCGCUACCCGCGGGAUCGGGAAGGCCUGCGCGGUGGCGCUUGCCAAGCAGGGCUGCAACAUCGUGGUUGCGGCGAAGACGACGGUAGAAGACCCGAGGAUCCCGGGUACUAUAUACUCAGUGGCAGAUGAGCUGACCCAGCUUGGUGUGCAGGCGCUGCCGGUGAAAGUCGACAUGCGAAAUAUCGAUAGCAUCCAGGAGUGCGUCAGAGUCGUGGUAGAGAAGUUCAACAGGAUUCGGUGGAUCUUGAUCAACAAUGCUAGUGCGCUGUGGUGGCACACCAUCGUGGGCACACCAAUGAACAAGUAUGACCUCAUCACGCAGAUCAAUCGGCUUCCAUGUGCGGGGCACCUUCGCCAUGACCUCCUUGUGCUUACCGGUCAUGGCCAAGAACGGCGACGGGCGGCAUCCAAAGUGGGGAAUGGUGUUUGAGGGGUGGCCUACGCCCAGCGCCUGUCUCAUCGGGCGGGGGGUCGGAGGACGAAACUUCUGAAUUCCUUGGACUGGGUACCCUUGCGGCUUCGCAUCCGCUUGAGUUCGGUACUUUGGAGCUCUCGUGUCAGGGUCUCCGGAUUUCUAGACUUCAGUCGGGCCUGUCCCUCUACAGGGGGGAUGUUCAAGAAUAGUGAAAAAAUAGUCAGGGG